AUGGUUGCCAGAGAUGUUACCACGACAGCUGUUUGUCUCGGUAUCGAGACGAAAGAUGCAUCGCGAUUAAGAAGAUCUCUACUUGAACCCAUCGGCGGAUCCACGCCUGUCGAUUCUAAGGCUGCUACGAAAGGAUGGCUCUCUGCGUUGCAGGAAAAUAUCGUUCCACAGCCAGAGCUUUCCAAGCCACAGAAAGCGCGUGCACACAUCGACGAACUGGCUGCUUUGGUGAAGCCACCUGUACAUACGCAGAACGGUGCAUCCAUUUCUCUCGACGGUUGUGCUGAAGACCAGGACAAUGCCGACGAGUCCGUAUGCUUGAGAACUCCCGCAAAAAACUUUUUUGAGACGAAGGCGCUAGACUCAGUAGAUUUCGGUGCUCUUGAAGAAGAGAUCAUUGAUCAGGAACUGCUUGAGGAAGCCGUUCUACCAAGCAACACGCCAAAUGAGGCUUCUAUGUGCCAAUUGUUUAAUGUCGAAGACAUUGAGGUCAUCGAAGUCCCAAACACACCCACGCAAAGAUCCAGUCAACUAUAUACGCCUGAGCCUAUGCCCAUCCUACAUAGUGGCGCAGAUUCCGAGGCCACUUCGCCCGACGACAGCUCUUUGCUCAUCGAACCGAAGUCGCAUGCGAAAGUUGCAAGUACGACUGCCUUUUGCUCGAUCUGUCAGACACAGCGAGUGUUAGCGAAGAAGGGAAGCACCGAGGUCCUAUGUCAGACAUGCCAUGAACGAUCAAUUAUCAACAAGUCAGAGAAGACUGAAAUACCAGACACACCGGAGGCCAGCACUUCGAAUCAGACAUAUGAAAGAUCGAAACGUCCCGUGCCUGUAGAAGUAGCACCAACAUCGGACAAAGCCGCUGACCAGGGCCCAUUGCACUGGUUUCAAACUAGCCUUGUAGCCGGCACACCAAAGACAAAGCAAAAGAAGAUGCUCACUCGAAAGCUCAACAGUAAACUCAGCGUGACUACGAAUCACAAAGUUGCAGAGAUACUCCAUCGAGCCGAUGUCUCAUCGCGGCAAACGCCAAAAAAGCAACAGCUCUCGGGAUCAGUUCAGCGUCAGGAAAUCAGUAAACCCAGGUCGUUCGGCGAUUCACACAGUAGAACGAAGCAUGGUUCUGACCAGAGUAUUUCCAGUGUCUUUUCUGCGACCAAGGACAAUUCCUCCUCGACACCUGUACCUGCUGAUCAGGACUCAGAUCAGGACUCAGACCAAGAUCGAAGCAGUGCUCUGAAUUCUGAGCCAGAGACAAAGACGCGUUCGACCAAAAAUUCAACAAGCCCUCAAGUAGGUACCACAUCCCCGAAUGGUGACGAUACGUCAAUCGCCGAUCGGCCAGCAAUCCAUAACGGGAUGAAAGUCAGGAAGCGAUAUACAAGUCGACAGCUUGCGAGGAUAGCACUAGUCGCUGCAAAUGGGCAUUAUAUGACGACGUCCCAAAUCGUUCUCUGGCUGGUUUCCACAUUCCCUCACUUACGUGUUGGUGAAGGUAAUUGGGAAGUGAACGUCCGAUCAGCUCUCUCGUGGUUCGAGGAGUUUCAGGGACGCAAUAUCAAGAAUCCCGGAACACACGGCAAUAAGAAGCAUUAUGGGUUCAGUAAUGCAACGUUUCGAGCGCAGUUUGAGGCAGAGUAUUCAGAGUUCCUUGACUCACCGGAGCCUCGUCAAAUGCCCGUACCGCUUGAGCCGGUUCCCUCCGGUGAUGGCAAACCGCGGAGCAAACGACCUCUAGCAGCAAAGAGGGCGGCGAAAACCACUCCAUACUCGAUAGCAAAGCAAGCUGCCAACGACCCGUCGUUCAAUCCUUUCAAGCGAUCAGUUCCACGCCAGGCGUUCAAGCUGCCGGACAUAGGCAAUGAUACUGGACUGGAGUCAUUCAUGAUAGUCGCAAUAUCUCCGGCCUCCCAGCCUACCAUCGAUACCAUGGCUCAAGAAGAAAAAGCACGAAAGAUUGAAGAAAUCAAAGCAAGGCCAUCGCGAAAGACAUAUUUCGGAUCCGGGCAACGACUCGCACACAAGCGCCGGUACAACCUGGUAGACAUCCACGAGGAGAGGGACGGAGCUUGGCAGGCGCCCGCAAGAACAGCAGUUAAGGGCCUACGCGAGGCGGACCACGAUAUGGACAUCGACGACGACGGAACCUCCCGGACUCUGAGGGAAGUCUUCAAUUUGCCGUACAAUAUGAUUCCAGUCAAUGAUGGCCAGACCGAGUUGGCAUUCAAGGACGGAGAAAAGGGCAAGCGGUCGCGAACUAUGUUCAGAGUGGGCAAGAUGUUUGGUGGGGAACUGACGGUGAGGACGUCGUAG